GUACAUUAAGUGAAGGCAGCACCAGACCAAAGCAGUCGCUUGUCGAAGUUUGUUGCCAAUGACAGUCGCCAGCUAGCUAAAGUCAUGGCGCUGUUGAAACAAAGUUAUUGUGUAGCUGGCCGUUUCUCCGCAAACCAUCUAUGGCUGAGUCCCAUAUGCAUCCCACAUGUUUAUACCAGCGGUCUGACAGCUGUGGAGAAAUCCUCCUCAAACCGGGCUGACAGAAAGAAGGAGCUUCUUGGUGACGGCGGGCCUGAUCUACAAGACUUUAUUUCAGGGGAAUUAUCGGAGAAAAACAAGUGGGAAGAGUACAAAGGCAACCUGAAGAGAGAGAAAGGAGAGAGGCUACGCCUUCCCCCAUGGCUCAAGACGGAGAUCCCCAUUGGAAAAAACUACAACAGGCUGAAGAACACUCUGAGAGACCUGAACCUGCAUACAGUAUGUGAGGAGGCCAGGUGUCCUAAUAUUGGGGAAUGCUGGGGAGGUGGAGAGUACGCCACAGCCACAGCCACCAUCAUGCUGAUGGGGGACACAUGUACCCGUGGGUGCAGGUUCUGCUCCAUAAAGACCGCCCGUCAACCUCCAGCUCUGGACCCAGACGAGCCCUACAAUACAGCCAAGGCUAUUGCUGCCUGGGGACUGGACUAUGUUGUUCUCACCUCAGUCGACAGAGAUGAUAUUGCUGAUGGAGGGGCAGAGCACUUUGCUAAAACGGUCUCCAAUCUAAAAGAAAGGGACUCUCAGAUCCUGGUUGAAUGUCUGACCCCUGAUUUUCGUGGUGACCUGGCAGCAGUAGAGAAGAUUGCCCUGUCAGGGUUGGAUGUGUAUGCCCACAAUGUAGAGACAGUGCGAGAGCUGCAAAGAUUCGUGCGUGACCCUAGAGCGAACUUUGACCAGUCUCUGAGUGUCCUGAAGCAUGCUAAAAAAGUCAAACCAACUGUGCUCACCAAGACUUCCAUCAUGUUGGGACUGGGCGAGACUGACCAACAGAUACUCAACACCUUGACAGAGUUGCGAGAGGCAGGAGUGGAUUGUCUGACACUGGGCCAGUACAUGCAACCCACUAAACGCCACUUAAAGGUGGAGGAAUAUGUCACUCCAGAGAGGUUUUCCCACUGGGAGAAAGUUGGGAACGAUAUGGGAUUCAGUUACACAGCCAGUGGACCACUGGUGCGAUCCUCCUACAAAGCAGGUGAGUUCUUCCUGAAGAAUCUACUGAAGAAGAGAAAAGCAGAAGUCACUGUCGCAGAAUGAAACGCACCCAACUAGCAGCUUUCUCCCUUUAGUCUUGUCCCUACUGUACCUAUAACUAUACACAAUAUUGGUGACAAACUCAGCGUUUACUCCUGUCGUACCAUAAUGCAUCAUUGUAAGCUGUAGCACAAUAAAGACUUUUACCAAACUUAAUAUGUAACAUAUUAACAACCUGGGGUAACACAAGGGCAGGUAGCUUUACGUGAGAGUACAGAAGUGACAUUAGUAAGACGUAGCGCAAGUACAGGGACCCUUUUGUUCCUUUUCAAACACGGUCUCCACCUUUCACCUGCGACAACUCAAAAAGGUUUAACGUUUUCGCAAGAGGACAUCAAAGAGAACAAGCAGCAGUACAAGGCCUGCAGAUAUGUAGAUAAACUACAGACUUUGUCCACAUACCCCUGCCAAGAGAAAAUAAAACCUAUUGCAGUAACUGUAAUUUGCUGUCUCUGCACCUCAGGGGCCCCUAAAUCAAAUCCACCGUGAACUCUCAUGAGCUCUUUGAUGUCUGCUGCUUCAGGACUGAUUUAAUUAACAGUUUAAAAGGAGUUACUUUUGGUCUAUGGGUUCUUGCAGUGGCUUAAAUUUCAAACACCUAUGGUUGCGGAAGCCUUGUAACACUGUUGUAUUUAGAUUACAUUA